UCAGUCACGGAAAAGAGAACAUGGACACAGGAUGCUACAACAUGAUCACUGAUACACAACUUGUUUUCUUCUCAUCAAUGGAUGUGUACUGAUUUGAAAAGAAUGGAUAAAAUAUUGGCUAAAGAUAGUUGUGAUCUGUACGGCCGACCCGCCCGCAGGACACAAUGGAUAGCGAGUACCCUGGCUUACCACUACGGACUGGAUCGGGGAGUAGAGAACGAAAUUAUAGUUCUGGCGACCGGACUGGACCAGUAUCUGCAGGAGAUCUUCCACCACAUGGACUGUACAGGAGAUGGGAAGAUAUCUAUGGAGGACUUUAAUAUUCUGUGUGAGAUCUUGGGGUUGAACAAAGACUCUGAGUCGGAGGAGUGUGUGGGGGUCCUGGAUAAUCUGCCCAGUGAGUUUACCUUCAGGCAGUUCCACGCUAAACUCUGCGGAUACUUCAGCACCAAGGCUGGGUCCCAGUAUGAGAACGGGAGGUUACUGGUCGGGAAAGACAGCGAGCAUAUAGAGACUCAGAUCCGCCUGAGGAUCCCUCUGAGGCGGCGAAAGAAGAUGCUAUCUCUGGGGACCGGUGGGAGAGAGAGCCGGGGAUCGUCACCGAACUCAGAUAGACAUUUGCCGGGCUGUCGGCAGCUGCGCGCCUCCUGCACCCGGGAGUGUUACGAGGAGAUUGUGGCUCUGGAGGAAGCAGAGGAAAGGAUAACUAAACUACAGGAUGAGAAUGCCAGUCUGAGGGAGCUGGUUGAGGAUAUGAGGGCAGCUCUACAGAGCAGUGAUGCCCGCUCCCUGGCACUACAGGUAGGACUGUUGAAGAGCCACUCCAAACACGAAUCAGAGGGCGGCUGCUUCAUCACUCAUCACAAACUAUCUGUCCGGACGACCCACAGCAGCAACAACUGCCAUGGGAACACCAAGACCCACAACCUCAGCCACAUCAAGACGACCCACAGCAGCAAUCCCAGCAGCCAGCAUGACCCCAGCCAGUACUCUAGCUUGAAGACCAGUAGCCAGUACACUAGCCUGCGGAGCCUCCUCCAUGAGAUUGACCCGAUCCACAGCUCUCGGAAUGGGCAGGUGGAGGAGGCCAUUCUGUUUAAUAAAAAGCUGGAGCAAGAGCUGAGGUCAUCGCGGGAGGCAGUAACGGAGUUAGAGGCGUGUAACAGGGCACUGCAGGUGGAGCAGGUGGACAUGAGGAAGAAGGUGGAGGAUGCCCGUCAGGCGCUGGUCAGUGGAAUGGGGAAGGUCAAAGAGCUGGAGGCUAAAGCCAGCAGAGUACCAGUCCUACAGAGACACAUCCAGCAGCUGGAGCAGGAGAUCCUCUACUACAGGUCGGAGGUGUCUAAAUUACAGCUCUCAGGGUGCACAAGGGCAAAUAAGCAGGUGGGCGGAGCCUGCGGACCAGUCCAGAGGUGUUGCCUAGACAACCAACAGGACCGCCGGUCCCCCACCGGCCGCUCUGAGACAACUCCAGAUAACAGUCAGGAGCAGUUGUUCCGGUCAGUAGAAGGCCAGGCAGCAUCAGACGAUGAUGAGGAAAAGUGGACAGGUGAACAACAGAGACAGGUGGACGAAAUGAAGAGGAUCCUCACCAGACUGUCCUGCUGCGGAGACAGGUGUGAUGACAAGGCUAUGAAGAAACUGCUGUCCCACUUCAGUGGUUCCAGGAGGAGUGAGGAGAGCACAAGAGGAGGAGGAGAGGAGGAGGAGGAGAGGAGUGAGGAGAGGAGGAGUGCGGUGGUAGAGCUCUUAGAGAAGGUGACGAGGCUGAAUAAAAAGUUGGAGCAGAAGGAGACCCAGGCACAACAGUUACAGAUGGACAUGGGCCAGAUGGAAGACAGUCUGGUCCACGUGUUACAACAGAAAGCUGAGGAGGCAGAGCUGCUACAGACAGAACUACAGCUGCUACAGACAGAACUACAGAUGCUGGAGACAGAAAGAGUGUGUCUGUCCCUAGUGGAGGAGAAGUUGCUGGAUGUUCUACAGCUCCUCCACCAGCUCAGAGACCUCAACGUGUCCCGACGCUCCCUGGGGAAGAUCUUACUGAGCACCUUGGAGUCCUGCAGCGACCCACAACAUGGGAAAGACCACAUUCUGGAGGUUCUGAAUGCUCUGUACCAUGAGCUGGCUGCCUGUGAGGUCUUGACCACCAGCGGAACUCUGGAGAGCACACAGUCCCUCAGCAACCCUCUGGAGAGAACACAGUCCCUCUGCAAUCCUCUGGAGAGAACUCAGUCCCUCGGCAACCCUCUGGCGAGAACUCAGUCCCUCGGCAACCCUCUGUAGAGAACACAGUCCCUCGGCAAUCCUCUGGAGAGAACCCAGUCCCUCGGCAACCCUCUGGAGAGAACACAGUCCCUCAGCAACCCUCUGGAGAGAACGCAUUCUCUCAGCAUCCUUCUUUAGAGAACACAGUCCCUCAGCAUCCUUCUUUAGAGAACACAGUCCCUCAACAACCCUAGUAGUUACUGAACAACCCUAGUAGUUACUGAAGUUCCCCUGGGCGGUGAGGUGAAGAGGCUUGGACCCUGGCAUGGGAAACAUUUAAAU